AUGGGAGGGGCGAAGAAUGUAGGCCAUUCAAAUUACAGGAGUCUCAUCAAGAACAAGAGAGCUGAUCUAAAUGAUAGACUUCCUGGUCCACCAUUAAGCAACGAAACUGCAUUGGGUAUCCUUCUGGAGCACGGGGUUGUUGUGGGCAUCGGUGUCGAGCACCCACAGCUCGCUGCCAAUACACCGUUCGACUUGCGAGAGGUGAGGGUUUGA